AUGAACUUGAGAGAAUAUAUAUACAUUUUUUUUAUUUUAUAUUUUAUCCCUGUAAAUAAAAUUUGUGUUGCAUAUAAUGUAGAAAAAAAUAAAAGGAGUGUUCUUAGUAAUUGUAGGAAUGUAUUAUAUCCUCAUGGUAAGGGUUCAUUAUAUUAUACUAGAAGGAAAUACUUUUUUAUAAAAAGAAAAAAGGAAAAUGAUAUGAAAUAUAAAAAGAAUAAAAUAGGUGAGAAGAAGGAUUUAUUAAAAAAUAGAAGGAAUAAUAUGUAUGGUUCCAUAUUAGAAAAUAAUAAUAUAGGGUUUUUAAGUGGUAUUAAACAAAAAGUAGGAUCAUUAAUUUUUGGAAGCAAUAAAAAUAUUAUUGAGAAAUUAAAAGAUUUAAAUGAGAAAAAAAGUAUAUGGUUUUUCACUGGCUAUGCAAGAAAUAUAUUUCAACCAAAUUCAUUAUAUAAUAUUUUAGCAUUUGAAGAGAUAGAAGAAAUUGACUAUAAAAAAUGGUCAAAAGAAAAUAAAAUAAAUUUUGAUUAUAUAUUAAAUAGGAAACUGGAGCCUGGGAAAGAUGAUAUUAUAAAUAAAACAUUAUGUGUAAAUGUAUAUAAGGUGAAAAAGUAUGUAAUAUUUUAUAAAAAUGAGGGAAACAUGAAUAACAAAAAAGCAAAUGAUAAUGAUAAUGAUAAUGAUAAUAAUAAUAAUAAUAAUAAUAAUAAUAAUAAAUAUAGUGAUACUUAUAAGGAGAAAGAAAUUAAUAUUAUCCAUAAUAAUAAUAGUUAUAAUAGUUAUCAUUGUAGUGAACAUAAGAAUGAUUUUAUUUUAUGCACUUAUAUCUAUCUUAUGUUUUAUAUAUAUGAUAAAGAAAAAAAAAAAUCUUAUAUCUUUAGUAAUAAUAUACAGAAUAAUAAAAAUUGUAUUUAUCAAAUUGUAGAAGUAAAUAAAGAACAAUAUCCUAAUUUAUUUGACAAUAUUAUUAUGAAUCCAGAUAUUUUAAAAAAACAUAUCAAUAUUAUAGCUUUAGAGAAAAGUAAUACUACCUAUGAAAAUAUUAUACAUUUUAUCGGGAAUAAUGAACUAUUAAAUAUUAAUAAUUAUACAAACAAAUUUAAUUCAUAUUUAAAAAAAUUAUAUAAUAUAUGUAAUAAUUCAAGUAUGCUAAUUGAAAACUCUAUUACCAUGAAAAAUUCUAAACCAUAUAUUAAUUUAAUAUUUAGUAAUAAAAAUUUUAUGAUUAAAAAAAAAUCUUAUUUUGAAUAUAUAAAGAGUUUUUUUCUAAAAAAAGAUGAUAAAGAGUAUUUACUAGAAUAUAUUUUUAACGAUAAUAAAGGUUAUAAAUUUUAUAUUCAAAAAGAUUUAUGUGAUAAUUCUUCUUAUGUUAUGAAAUCUACAAAAAUUACAACUAAAAAAUUAGACAAAAUUUAUAAACUCAUUAAUAGUUUAGAUCCUAAAAAUAUUAAUACAAGAGAAGCAUUUUUUGUAUUCACCAAAAUAUUGUUUGAUAAAUAUAAAAAUGAAUAUGAGAUAGAACAAAAAAAUAAAGGUAAAGAUCAUAAUAUGUUUUAUCAUAAUAGUAGAAGUAUUUUUAUUAAUAUAGGUUCCAAUAAUUAUGUAGUUGAUACGGAUCUAUCUAUUUUAAAAAAGAAGAACGACAUAUUAUUAUUUAGUAUGGCGAAACAUUUUUUUAAUCACUUGCUUUCUUGUGUAAAUAUAUAA